AUGGCCUUCCAACCCUUCACCCCCAAGCCGUCCACGGACAUCUUCACCAACUACGAAACCGACAUUAACCGCCGAGAAUGCCGCCGCACCGUCCCCAUGAAAGUCCUCGCCCUCGGCCUCGGCCGCACCGGCACCGCCUCCCUGCGCACCGCCCUCACCGAGCUGGGCUUCAAGGACUGCUACCACAUGAUGUCCGCGUCCGUCGAGAACCCGCCCGACUGCCUGAUGUGGUCUGACGCUCUCGCGGCCAAAUACGAUGGCGUCGGUACAUUCGGCCGCGAGCAGUGGGAUCAGCUGUUCGGGCACUGCCAGGCGAUCUGCGACUGGCCUUGCGUGGCUUUCGCGAAGGAGCUGAUUGAGGCGUACCCGGAUGCGAAGGUGCUGGUUACUACGCGUGAUAUCGACAGCUGGCACGCGAGUACGAUGAAGACGGUGCACUGGCGCGCGACGGAGCCGGAGCUCGCGAUGGCGGCGAAGAUGGGCGAUUGGGCGGCUGGGAUGUACAAGCCUAUGAUUACUAAAUUCUGGACCGAGUUCUGGGAAGGCGACUUCGAGAAGAACGGCAAGCGCAUCUACAAGGAAUACUACGACAUGAUCCGCUCCGUCGUGCCCAAGGAAAACUUGCUCGAGUACAAGAUGGGUGAGGGCUGGCAGCCACUGUGCGACUUCCUCGAGGUCCCCGUGCCAGAGGGCCAGAAGUUCCCGCGCACCAACGAUACCGACGGCUUCGUCGAGCGCUGCACCAAGCGCAACCGCAUGCAGAUGAUGAACUGCAUCUUCCGCUACUCCAUCUACGGUGGUUCCUUCGCGGCCGCGGUGUUGGGUGCUACGUUCACUAUUCGGAGGUUCUUUGGUGGGAGCAGCCGUAGCUCGUUGUUCUAG